CGAAUCGUGAUACAUAUCGAAUCGUGAUACAUAUCGAAUCGUGAUACAUAUCGAAUCGUGAUACAUAUCGAAUCGUGAUACAUUUAGAAUCGUGAUACAUUUAGAAUCGUGAUACAUAUAGAAUCGUGAUACAUAUAGAAUCGUGAUACAUAUAGAAUCGACACAAAACAUUUCUUUGUGACAAUGUCGUAUCAUAAAGUCCCUGGCAUAUCCAGCCCUAUUCUUCAGCCUACAUUUCCUGAAAAGUUUAAAAAGUAGUGGGUAUAAGCAUCAUUUAGUUAGCCUAAAGUUGUAGGCUACAGCUGCACAUUACUCAUCCAGACUGGGACAUUGACUCUGAGAAGCUAGUUUGUACUUAGUCUGAUUGACAAUGCUUACAAGAUUAUUGUUCUUAUUAUCACCUGUAAUUGGUUUAGACACCUCGUCUGUUGAAAGUCUCCUGUCAGGAUAUACAGUGACCUCUUUCUCCCAACCCGGACUCAAUCAAUCCCCUUAUCUAAGCCUCAUGAGGCCAUCCUUCCAAAUGGCGUCUGGAACCCCUUAUGCCCCAUGUCUCGCUGCUACAUUGUGUUCUCAGUAUCUGUCACCCCCAUUUCUUUCUGUCCUCCCUCUAUAGACCGUAUUGUCUGUUGGGAAGGGCAUUUCAGGAUGUAGGCUAGUUAGGUGAGGAUGUGGACCUGCUGAAAGGGUUCUCUUAGACACUCUAAAUAGUUAAACUAUUAGCUCAGAUUUGGUAGAUAUUUGACCAUGAAUUUCCACCCAUGUUUUCUGUGAUAUCUAGACCUAAUUGUUAUGGAAUUUGACUGUCAUUUCGACACAUUUUCAGUCAUUGAAAGAUGUCCAGAUAUUGAAAGCGCUGUAGGCUGGAUCCCUGAGCUGGUUAUGAAGCUGGGAUAUUAUUUGGUCUGCUUGCCUUUUUAAGGCUGGAUGUUUUUUGGGUUGAUGUUGAAAUGCUCACUCCGCAAGUAUUUACAGCGUUUGUAAAACCAAGGAGAGGUGCCAGGUUUGUGUGAGCUCUGAGGGGAAAGCUUGAGUCUCUCUUUAAUUCGUCAGCAUAUUGACUUUGUGUGGUACGCUCUUCUCUCAAACCACUUAUUAGAGUGGGUUGCAUAAGUAAUAACUCAUAAGAUUUGACUGAACUAGGCUAAUAAGUCAGAUGUGUGUUAUGACUAAGUUCCUUUACUUUUUAAAGCUAGACAUAUCAACUGUGAGAGCUAAUAUGUACCGGGUGUGUGACACGUGUUCUAGGUAUAAGCCUAAUCGUACCAUCUGUUAUGAACACUGUUCAGACAGGAAAACUGUCGUCCUGAAUGGAAGUUUAAAAACGUUUUUAAUGUAGGCUAAACAAUAGUCGAGUCGGUGUGGUAUGCAUGGAUGGACCUAGUCAGCCAGGAGAGACAAGGAAAAGGGAUUUACGAAGAUACGUAAGACUUGAGAUGCACCCAGACAAGGUGAUGGCGGAGGGAUAACGGCAAGGACUCUCAGCCCUUCCACCCCAAUGUGACCCUGUGUCUUCCUUUUUAUCUUAUCACCUCUCCCCAUUUUUAUUUUUAUACUUUCCUGUUUUUCUCAAUGUCCCCUUGAGCCAACUCACUCUCUUGUUCCUCUAUUUCAUGGAGGACAGCCAAGCCGAUAACAACAAAACACAUCUCCAUCUCCGUCCAGCAAUAGAGGUUCUGGAUCGUUUUCCUGUCGUGUUAUUGGUCACAUAAUGAUUGGAUGAGAAGUAAGGAUCUUAUGAUUGGACCUCAGUUCUCUCCACCCCUAUUGGACAACGUUUUUUUUCUUUCUCAUUUUUUGUGUUUUUGUUUGGACCCUAUUGGUUGUUUGUCACUUCAACACUGUCCCACCUCAACUGUUUCCUUUUCCUCUCUGUAGUCCAUCCUCUGAUGUCAUUGGGCCAUGGUUCGCAAGAGAGGCUCCCUUAUCUUGUGUGGAGCUUUCCUAUUCGUCGCCUGCAAUGGCUUGCUUCUCCUGUUUCUUUGGGGACGAACUCCCAUUGGUCGCUUUGGGGAAGGGGGCGGGGCUGAACCAGGGGGGCGGGAAGAGUGGGGCGUGGCCAAAAUAAAAGAGGGUGGGACUAAUCUGGCAGGCGAGGUGAUCCGAUUGGCCGAAGAGGUAGAAUCAGAACUCGAGACCCAGAAGGAACUUCUGAAGCAGAUUCAGAGUCACAGGUCACUGUGGGAAAAGAGGAGAGGGAUGGGAAAAAGACAGACGGAUGGAGGGAAGGUAGAAAAUAAAGAGGAGGAACACAAACCGCCGCCACAGGUGUCUGCAGUACCUCCAAAGGACGAUUCAGAGGACAAGGACCAAAGUCAAGAGGAAAAUACACCGGAAUUGAUCAUUACAGCAGUCGGAGACCCUAAAGUAGACACACAACUGGACAAGGAAAUAAAAGAGCUGACCGACGACACCAAGUUGGAUGUUACUGUCAUCAGCCCACAAGUUGUCAUUCCCAUAUUGGUCAUCGCCUGUGACAGGGUGACCGUGAAAAGGAGUCUGGACAAGUUGAUCCAAUACCGCCCCUCUGCAGAACUCUACCCAAUCAUAGUUAGUCAGGACUGUGGCCAUGCUGAGACUGCCCAAGUGAUUGGCUCAUAUGGCAAUCAGGUGACCCACAUUAGCCAACCAGACCUCUCGGACAUCCGGGUACGGCCGGAGCACAGGAAGUUCCAGGGCUACUAUAAGAUUGCCAGACACUACCGCUGGGCCCUCAACCAGGUGUUCGACACACUCUCUCACUCCACCGUGGUGAUCGUGGAAGAUGACUUGGAGGUUGCCCCAGACUUCUUUGAGUACUUCCGUGCCCUCCACCCCAUCUUGACCUCUGACCCCACCUUGUGGUGUGCGUCUGCCUGGAACGACAAUGGCCGGGAGGGGCUGGUGGACCCUGGGAAAGCGGACCUCCUCUACAGGACAGACUUCUUCCCUGGGCUGGGCUGGAUGCUGCUGAAGGACAUCUGGGUAGAACUAGAACCCAAGUGGCCCACGGCCUUCUGGGACGACUGGAUGCGUCACCCUGAGCAACGUAAAGAGCGCUCCUGCAUCCGCCCAGAGAUCUCCAGAACUAUGACCUUCGGACGCAAGGGUGUCAGCUUGGGUCAGUUCUAUGACCAGUAUCUGCGUUAUAUUAAACUCAACACUGACUUUGUGCCUUUCACCAAACAGGAUCUGUCUUACUUGAUGAAGGAGAACUUUGACGUGAACUUUGUGAAGCAGGUUUACAGCGCCCCUCUGAUUAAGGUGGAGGAGCUACAACAAGGGGGUGGUUUGACGGGUACUGGUCCGUACCGGGUGCAAUAUUCCAGCCGGGACAAUUUUAAGGUUCUGGCCCGUAACUUAGGGGUGAUGGAUGACUUGAAAUCGGGGGUUCCCCGUGCGGGUUACAGGGGUGUAGUUAGCUUCCUGUCCCGUGGACGACGGGUCUUCUUGACCCCACCUGAGGGAUGGACAAAGUACGACGUCAGCUGGAGCUGAGAGGUUUGAACAGGACUUAUUGCGAAUGUUAUCUAAGACAGACUCGACAGAGAGGAACACCUUCUCAAACCAAAGAAAGCAAAAACCAGCUAACGUGAAGGAGCUGAAGCUAAACAGACAGGUGAGGGAAGGGAUAUGUGAUAGUGAGGCACAGUGUGACACAGGGCAACACCCAGGCAGUGAAACCACAUAGCACGUCUCACAGAAAUGACAAACCAUUUAAUGCUUGGUUGUUCUCCUGCUAGAGCUGUAACGCUUUAGGGUGGGGGUGUCGAACUCAUUCCAUGGAGGGCUUAGUGUCUGCUGUUUUUUAUUAUUUUAUUUAAGACCUAGACAACCAGGUGAGGGGAGUUCCUUCCUGAGACCUAGACAACCAGGUGAGGGGAGUUCCUUCCUGAGA